UGUGGGAUGGACUCAAAAGGGCAACUAUAGCCCCCAAUACACAGGGGGAGGAAAAAAGAAAAAAGAAAAGAAAAGUGCGAGCCGGGGCAUGAGUCGAGUGCUUCUCUUUGCUCAUUUUUUGACACAGUUCAACACAUUUCAUCCACUUGGAAACUCCGGGUUAUUCCUCGAACGUUAUGGGCGUACCUACGCGCUUUUUCAUCACAGAGGAGUAAGGUGAGGGUCACAGCUCCAUAAAUACUUGGUGUGGCUGAGACUUUGGAUGGACCCCGGAGGAGUAAAUACUGCAGGAGGAACCUCGCACGCAGGACAGGAGCGGCGAUUUUUCUGCAAGCUGAUACCUCAUUUGUAGACAGGCAGACUGCUGUAAAGCCUCCUCAGUUACCACCGUGAGAGUUGUGGUGCCUCUGGCUAAUAUGGAAAGUCUAUGAUUCCGUAUUGGCAGAUACAUGUAUGAUUUUCCUUUUCUCUCAGAGUGCGAUGUAGUCAACCCUCACAUCUCAAAGUGAGCUAUUUGUCAAGAUGACAGCGCUUACACCUUUGAACCGAGCUGUACUUGGACUUGCGUGGAGCUGCUUGAGUUUUCUGUCCUGCGCGCAUUGCGGUUUGAGUGACAACCAUGUGCACUCCAGUUUUAUUUACAGGAGGUUGCGCAAUCACGAACGCAGGGAGAUCCAGAGAGAGAUCCUCUCCAUCCUGGGCUUGCCUCACCGUCCGAGGCCCUUCUCUCCCGGGAAGCAGGCGUCCUCCGCGCCGCUGUUCAUGCUCGACCUUUACAACGCCAUGGCCGUGGAGGAGGAGGAGAGCGCGCAGCAGGCUGCGGGGAAGAGCUUCGCUGCCAAGGCUCAAGGGCACUCCAGGAAAAGUUACUACAGCCCGCAGCAUGCCGGCUACUCCCGUGUGGCACAGCCCUACCGAGCGGCGCCUCUGCUGGGCCACAGCCCCGCGCUCACCACGGCGCAGGACACCAACUUUCUCAAUGACGCAGAUAUGGUCAUGAGUUUUGUCAAUUUAGUGGAGAAAGAUAAAGAUUUUUCUCACCAGCGAAGACACUACAAGGAGUUCCGUUUUGAUCUGACUCAGAUCCCAGACGGAGAGGCCGUGACUGCGGCGGAGUUUCGGAUCUACAAGGACCGCAGUCAUGCCCGCUACGACAACAUUACCCUGAAGGUUUCCAUUUAUCAGGUCAUCAAGGAAUACCAGAACAAAGAUGCAGAGACGUUCUUGCUCGACUCCAAAAAAGUCCAGGCAUCCGACGGGGGCUGGUUAGUGUUUGACAUAACAGCCACCAGUAACCACUGGGUCAUGAACCCACAGCAGAACCUGGGCCUGCAGCUCUGUGUGGAGACUGUAGAUGGACGAAGUAUCAACAUAAAAUCUGCUGGAAUCAUCGGGAGGAACGGGCCCCAGUCCAAACAGCCGUUCCUGGUUGCUUUCUUUAAGGCCAGUGGGGUGUUGCUCCGCUCUGUCAGAGCUGCCGGUGGGAAGAAAAAGAACCACAAUCGCAAUAAAUCUGGCAAUCAACAAGAAUCAUCAAGAGCACCAAAAACUGGAGAUUUCAACACCAGCGAACAGAAGCAGGCCUGCAAGAAGCAUGAGCUCUACGUCAGCUUCCGAGACUUGGGUUGGCAGGACUGGAUCAUUGCACCGGAGGGCUACGCGGCUUUUUACUGCGACGGCGAAUGCUCGUUUCCCCUCAAUGCCCACAUGAACGCGACGAACCACGCGAUCGUGCAAACGCUGGUCCAUUUAAUGUUUCCUGACAAUGUGCCAAAGCCGUGCUGCGCCCCGACCAAGCUCAACGCAAUAUCGGUGCUUUACUUCGACGACAGCUCGAAUGUUAUCCUGAAGAAAUAUAGAAACAUGGUAGUUAGAUCUUGUGGGUGCCAUUAGUGCUUUAAUUUAUGCAAUGUGGUGUGGGAUUUGCUGGAAAACACAUCUGGCGCAGGUGUGAUGUGAUGUACAGUAUUAUGUAUAUAAAGUUUUAUUACCUAAUUUAUUUUCCUUUUUUUAAAAGAAAAAAAUAUAGCACUGAAUAUUGUGAUAUUUAAAUGAUUAGGGCAAAAUGUUGAUUUUAUUUUACAUCAGCUAUCAUCCGUGUCCAUUGGCAUAUACUCUUUGUCUUGUUAGGUCUGUAUGAUUAUGAGUAAACUAUUCACUGGAUUCUGCUCGUUUUUCUCCUUUCGUAAUGUAAGAUGUGGUAUUGAUGCUAUACUUCAAUGCUAUUAUCCUUCGUCAUUUCAGUAACGGACCAACAGUCGUACAGAAUAUACAGCACCGUCACAAAAUACAAAUGCAUUUGAGAAACAAGCGACGUCUUUUAGUGCUGACAAUGCAGGCUGUUGGAAAUAUUUUCAAUCAAAUUGGAUCUCUGGUUUAAAAAAAAAAAGAAAGAAACCAGUGAGUGUUCCCUAAUGUAAACCACACUGCCCAAAGCUAUUUUCAAGCUGUCACCAUCUUUCAGCAUUAAUACUGCUUCACCUUUUCCAAGCCAGCUUUUUUUUCCUUCUUCUUCUUCUUUUUUUAUACAAGUGUGUUCACAAAAAGGGGAUUAUGUCAGUCUGGAGUGUAUAAUGUUUAGUGUUCACUUAUGAAAGCUUUAUAAAUUAUGUCAUUUUUAUCAAUGUUAUGUUACGUUAAUCUCUCCCAUAAACACUGUGUCUCGUUUCUCUGUGGUCUCUGUCCUAGCUGCGAACAUCUUUGCUCCGCGUUAAUUGUAGCUUUGGUUAUGGGAGUAUAUCUUAUUGUAGAGUGUUGUGUAUUUUAAUAAAUGUACCACUUGAAAGUUUUGAU